AUGUUUCGCCAACACCACGUUGCAGGCCUUCUGACUAUCGCCGACAAAACUGGACCGGGCACGCCUCACGUCGGCGCUUUGUCUUCUCUGCUCUCAUCCUCAUCCCCCUCCCGCUUUGGCCGCUUUCUCUGCCCUCUUUCCACAAGCAAUCAGCAAUACUAUCAACAAAUCCCGUACACCCAGCCACCAUACGGCCAGCAACAAUAUCAGUAUGGUCAGCGCUACUAUCAGCAACAACCCCAAAAUACGCAUAUCCAGCAGACGCCAACGCCCUAUACUCAGCAGCAGGCAUUGCAGAACUCCUACCCACAGCAGCAGCCUGCUAUGACACAGUACGGAAACGGCAAUACCGUUUCCUUUCCAACCCCCCACUUCCAAUCUCCAGAGCCACAACCCACUCAAAUACCUGUACAUCGCCCUCCGCCCCGCCAACAAACACCACAUCCUCACCGACGAAACACCACCGCUGCGGCCGCGACGGCCUCCCGGCCACUACGAUCCGCACUCAAGAAAGCUCCGGAGCGCUCGAAUUCGACAGCGAUUCCCGUCGCUCUUGCUCGCUCACGAACGCAUUCGGGAGGCGCAGAUAAUCGUCCAAGGCUUAACUCUGUGAACCGAUCACGAUCGAGAACUGAAUCCAUGAACCGUAGCAAUCCUGAUCAUAUCUUUCUCUCCCUACGAGGUUCGAAUGAACUCCUCGUCCGCAACAUCGCGUUUCUAUCCACUACCGAGGAGCUCAAGGAGAAGAUACCGGCUAUGUGGCCCGCAGGUGCCACUUCAGAGGCGACGCAGACUGAGUGGAAGAUUCGAUUCUCGGGGAGCCCAUGGAGCGCUACGGGUCAAGAUGCUGUCUUAGCCCAGAGGAUCAUUAUCCGCGUGUUCUGGAUCCUGUCCAAUCAGGGAUACGUAUACCUCACAUCCAUCAACACGGGAAAUGCAUUCAAGCCAACGCAAUUGGUCUUUAUCCGAGCUCGAUCAGACCCAGAAGCUGUCUUCUUUACAAUGACGGUCAACGCAAGAGGAGACCAAGUUCGAUUUGUGGAUCUACCUCGAGGUCUGGCAGAUCAAAUCGGUAUACCUCUGCGAUAUCAGUUCCCCCACUUCGUCCAUGACGACAAAGCCAUCGAGGACGGGGGAUAUUGCAUAUCAUUGUCUGAGACACUAUCUUCCGGCGCAGUCAACAAGAACCUUUUCCUCGCCGCUAUCCUCAAAGCUCUCAAUGACCUCGCCUUCAAGCUCGACGCCAGCGUACCCAUGUCACGUACGGGUCUGUUAGGCCUAGGAUCGAGGAAGGAAGUUUGGUAUAUUCCUGGGUUCUUCAUACAGGACGACAAGGACGCUGAUCCUGCGUUCAUUCUAUCGAUCUGCCCGUCUUUUGGACGGCUAGCUCCUUCAUGGUCAGAUUUUGACUCGAAGGUAUCGCAACUCAAUGCGAUCACAGAAAACGGAACUUCGCAUAAGGUUUUGAUUCUGGGGAGGCAUGGACAAGGCUAUCAUAAUGUCGCUAUAGCAAAGUAUGGAAAGGUCUGGGAGGAAUCAUGGGCUUCUCUGAACGGAGACGGACUGAUAACCUGGGGUCCGGAUCCCCUUCUCACCGAUUUGGGCAAAGACCAAGCUCGGCUAGCCCACGAGGCAUGGGUCACCGAACUCUCAAAUGGUCUUCCUCUCCCGCACAAGUUUUAUUGCAGCCCAAUGACCCGGGCGCUGCACACACAUUCAAUCACGUUUGACGGCAUAUUGCCCGCUCCCGGGUCGGACUCGAAGCUCACACCGAUGAUCCUGGAGAACGUGCGGGAGAUUUAUGGACAUCAUACAUGCGAUAAACGGAGCCCGCGCUCCAAGAUAGAGAAAGACUUCCCAGACUUCGUGUUUGAGGACGGGUUCGUAGAAGACGACGAAUUGUGGACGGAAGAAAGGGAGACGUAUGAACAUCUGGAUGGGCGGGCGCGGAAGGUCCUGGAUAGAAUCUUUGAGGAUGAUACUGACUCUACGUAUGUGUCCAUCGUCGCUCAUAAUGGGAUGAUCAAUGCAUUUUUACGAGUCAUCGGACGUGGCAACUUCGCCUUGGGCAUCAUGAUGGUCGUGGUCAAGGGAACCCCACAGCCAACGAACUAG